GAUUCUGUUUGAAGAAAAGAGCCUGUGCAGGUAAGGCUUGCUGGUAGCCUCAACUUGAAAGGCUGAGCACUUCGAGACCCCGCAUUUAGGGAAGGAUUCCGACAUCAACCCGGAUUUCAGGCAAGAGAACGAGAAACCAUGCAAAGAUCAAAGAACGUAAAAUGUAAAUUCAUGGUAUGGCCGUGAAUUCAUACUGCUUGCUGGUAUCAUCAGCUGUCGACAUAAUACAAUGGGUGCAGAUGGUGAAUUGGAAGAAGAAAAAGAGAGGAACGGAACUUCGUGGUCGUAGCUGCCUGCCCUCGUUUAACUCACGCUAACCUUAAAUUCGCCCGUACUUGGGAGCUUGAACCUCUUCCUGCAGCAUCGUCAACAACUUCUUCCGCCUUCUCAAGACUACUCGUUCAGACCAAGAUUUUCUUCAGCGUCGUCCUACAUCACCACUCAUACAUACACCUGGAGUGCGCAAGCCACCCGUCGUAAUCAUGAAGCUUACUUUCAAAGAUUUGAAGCAAAAUAAGUUCGUUAUUGAUGCCGAGCCAUCUGAGCUAAUCUCCGCUGUUAAGGAGAAGAUUGAGAAGGAGAAGGGAUGGGAAGCCGCUCAGCAGAAGUUGAUCUAUUCGGGCAAGAUUCUUCAAGAUGCCAACACUGUAGAGUCAUACAAGAUUGAGGAGAAGGGGUUCAUUGUCUGCAUGAUCCAAAAGCCCAAGGCUGCGCCUGCGGCUUCUGCCUCGACUUCCAAGCCUCCUUCGACCCCAGCUCCAGCCAGCGCUUCUACGCCUGCUCCUCCCCCAGCUCCCGUUCAGUCGACCAGUACUACCAGUGCCCUUCCUGCUACGCCUUCACCGGCCGGUGCUGGUAAUGCCCCUCAAGCUAUCCCUUCCACUCCUUCAGGAGAUACCUCCGGUCUUGCUAUGGGUGCUGAGCGUACUCGACAAAUUACUGAGAUGGUGAACAUGGGUUUCCCUAGACCAGAAGUCGAAGCCGCUAUGCGUGCUGCCUUCUACAAUUCUGAGCGUGCUAUGGAGUACCUCUUGGAUGGCAUCCCAGAGAACUUGCAACAAGAAGCCACACCCGCUGCCCCAGCUGCACAAGCCGAAGCCUCUCCCGUCCCCGCUGCUGCUACUGGUGAUGCUGCUGCCGAAGGAGGUGACGAGCCAUUGAACCUGUUCGACGCUGCGGCUCAAGCUGCCGGUGGUCGUGGUGGUGGUGCGGCCCGAACCGGCUCUGCUGCAAACCUUCUUGCUGGAGCUGGUGCUGGAGCUGGAGCCGCUGCUGGUGGACUUGGAAAUCUCGACUUUCUCCGAAACAACCCUCAAUUCCAACAACUCAGACAAGUGGUCCAGCAAAACCCUCAAAUGCUCGAGCCCAUUCUCCAGCAAGUUGGUGCAGGCAAUCCACAAUUGGCACAAUUGAUUGGUCAACAUCCAGAACAAUUCCUUCAAUUGUUGAGUGAGGAUGGUGAUAAUGAUACUCCCCUCCCACCAGGAGCCCAGGCUAUUAGCGUUACGGAAGACGAGCGCGCUGCCAUUGAGCGGUUAUGUCUUCUCGGAUUCCCCCGUGACUUGGCUAUUCAAGCUUAUUUCGCAUGCGAUAAGAACGAAGAACUUGCGGCGAAUUUCCUCUUCGACCAACCUGAUGAUGAUGACAUGCAACAAUGAGCGUUGACCUGAGCGAUUUUCUUUUGUUUUCCGUCCUCCGGCGAUGGGCUUCUUUUUCUCACAGUAUUCAAGGAUCUCCUGAGUCUGCAUAACGGACAGCUAAUACCAGCGGUCUGGCCUGGCUGUUGCCACAAAGAACAAAUUUUCGCACAACGCAAAGAGCUUUUCGACGUAUGGGAGUGGUGGUCAUACUACAUACAUGCGUUUCUUGUUCGCGAUGGGUGGUGGCGGAUCAAUUAUUUUUCGUGCAUAUUCCCUGGAAUUGUACCUUACGAUCGUAGAGUUUCGCGAGAAAAUGCAUGAUGAUGGUAUGGGCACAGUGAGUACUUGGGAGGGAAUGUUACCUGGUGCUCCCGUAAUAAGAAUUCAUGAGUCCGCGACGAG